UCUGGGUGUGUAUAAAGUUGGUGUGGUUUUCCGAGAAGUUCCUUCUGUCCAUGUGCUAGCAGAGGCUUGCCCUUGGCUGAGCCCCAUCACUAAGUAGGUAGUUUAGGCCGGCCCAUCCAGGUCACUCUGCCCCUUUUCAUGGUUCAGAGCUGCCCUCUCUAAAUAUAGUUCAGGGAAAGUGAGCUCAGGCCUAUUUCAAGACCAGGUUGGGAGGCAGCCAGGCCUCUCCUAGAAUCUGAAAGAAGCCACUGCUGCCUUUGUCCAGUUCUGCUACUGGGCACUCUCAUUGGGCCUCUGACUACCUACCAACUGCCAUGCCUGAGGAGAUCCAAGAAGAGAAUUGGAAACUACCUAAAAUGCCCAGAUAGCCUCAGAGGGAAGCCAUGGGGAGGAGGCCUCAAAGUUGCAUGAAACUGUGGAGAGAGAGUGGACUCCUGCCAUGCUGUUGAGUGCAAAACAGCAGGACUCCAACCUUCCUGGAAGAGAGGCAGAACCACUGUCCAGGAAGGCAGAACAGAGGCCAGGAGGAAUACGCAGGCAAGGCAAAGCGGGGGAAAUGCCCAAAUGUGGCCAUUGGGAGCCUGUCAAGAGACCCUGUGCACGGAGCCCUGGACCCAAACUAAGAGUCAUUCCUGAAACUGUAGGGAAUUUGGAACCAAAUGCCACAGAUACUGUGUUGCCAAUGCAGAACCAGAGGCACAGGCCAACACUGGCUCCUAACCACGUGCAGGAGGUGCAUCUGCAUCGAGUGGAGUCCAUCAGUGACCUGCACAGUGGAGGCUCACUACGGCCCUGUCUGGCUGAAGAGGCGCAGGCCUGGGAGGAGCUUCUGGGUGUCUUACCACCGUCACUGUGCACCCAAGCUGCUUGCAGCCCCAUGUGUGGCCGUGGGGGGUUCCUUCUGCUAUUGGCACUGCUAGUGUUCACCUGCCUGGCACUAGCCAUCGUAGCUGUCUACCUAAGUGUGCUGCAGAGUGAAUCCCUGAGGGUGUUGGCACACACGCUGCGCACACAAGAGGAGACUCUGCUCAAAUUGCGUCUGGCUAGCCUCAGCCAGCUAAGAAGGCUCAACUCCAGUGAGGCUCGGGCACCCAGCUGAGAUACCAUCUGUAUGUGAGACUGUGAUGGGGGACAAAGGGACUUCUGGCAGGUCUCUGUUCUCCCACUGAUGGCCUCAUCUGCACUAUUCCUUGGGGAGAUUUCUUCACAAGCCUGACGUUCCUCCACAGCUGCCUGUCUCUCUUGACCGCUUCAGGCCAGGCCUGAGCAAAGCUCUUGGUGCCAAGGCCCUGCUGUGGUUAGCCAAAGGUCAGAGGAUGGAGCACCAGUCUUUUCCUGGUCCCCCGUCAGCACCCUCUGGUCACCCCCAGAUAGGAAGUUCAGAAGUCUAGAAAUAGCUGUCCCAGCUCAGCCACCCACUCUGCCAGGCCUCCUAGCAGGGGGUCCAGCCUCAGCUCAGGCAAGCCAGGCUGAGUUGGGGAACUACAUGUCCUGCCAUGGAGGACAAAGGUGAGGUAGAGCUAGUCGGGGCCAACCUGGGGUGGCAGACGGAGGGAGGGCAGGCACAAGACUCAGGAGAGAGAGGGGUUGGGGAUUUAGCUCAGUGGUAGAGCACUUGCCUAGCAAGCGCAAGGCCCUGGGUUCGGUCCCCAGCUCCGAAAAAAAAGAAAAGAAAAAAACAAAAAAAAAAAAAAAAAAAGACUCAGGAGAGAGGCCACAGGGGGCUAGGUGUUGCUUAAUCUCUUAUCUUUAAUAAAUCAGCACACGCAUCCAUUCUAGGCAGCUUUGCCUACCCUAAUGCCACAGUGGCCAGGUGCCAGACCUGAAAGGAAGCACCCAGGGGGCAAGGUCUAAAAGACACAAGGGACAGCCCUUUCUCACCCUCACCACGAGGACCAGCACACAUUUGGUUUCACCUGAGACAGGACAGGAAGAGGCCUCAGCCACAUGGCUGAGUGCACGUACAAAGGGCUUGAGUCGUAAGUGUCCUGAUCCCUCGACCCUCCCACAUUUGUCUAUUUUUGGUUUCAUUAUUAAAAAAAUAAAGUGACAAUUACUGGCAGGGA